AUGGCGGGCCUGGACAGCGGCCCGACCGUUCCCGUGUGGCUAGCCGAGGACGACCUGGGCUGCAUCAUCUGUCAAGGGCUGCUCGCUUGGCCCGUCACGUUGCCCUGCGGCCACAGCUUCUGCCGAGGCUGCUUGAAGGGCCUGUGGCGCGCGGGGCCUUCCUGGUCGUGCCCCACCUGCCGGGAGGGGGACGCGCAGCCCCUGCGACUGCGCAAGAACACGCUGCUGCAGGACCUGGCGGACAAGUACAGCCGGGCGGUGGGCGAGGGGCCGGACCCGGCGGGCGAGGGGCCGGACCCGGCGGGCGAAACCGCGAGCCCCGCCCCCGGCCCCGCCCCCCAGCCCCCGCGCCGCGCCGCGCAGCAGCCGGUGGUGGCAUCGAAGAACGUCACAGAAGUAGGUCAAGAGCUGGCAAACCUGGUGGAACAGCUUGUAGACAUUGUCAGGAGCCUUCAGAAUCAGAGACAGCUCCCAGAAUCUGGACCAGACAAUAAACUGAACGUCCCAGGCACGGUGGACCAUUCCUUAGCUUCUCCGAAGCUAGUGACUUCCAACACACCUGAGCAAAAAAUGAGAGACAUUUUGCGUGACCUAGAAGAUAUCCAGGGGAAAUUACAAGAAAAGUUCACAGGUAAAGAGCGCCUUGAAGGACAAAGGCAGGUUAAAACCCCGGAAAGCCAGGCUUCCUCCUCAUGCCCACUGACUGGCCGGAGCUGCCUCGCAUCCUGGCUUGUUCAGCGGGCCAUCAGUCCAACCUUUGACCUGAGGAGCCUCUGCUGUAGCCUGGAGGUGUCCGAGGACUGCCGGAAGGUGACUGUAUCUCACUUCCCACAACUUUAUGAUUGGAGCUGUGACAGGUUUACAACCUGCCAGGUCUUCUGUUCCCAGGCCUUCUCUUCCGGGCAGCAGUACUGGGAAGUGGACACUCAGCAUUGCAGUCACUGGGCAGUUGGCGUGGCUUCCUGGGCGAUGAGUCGCAACCAGACCCUGGGAAGGACCAGGGACUCCUGGUGUCUGGAGUGGAAGGGAACGAGCCAGCUCUCUGUGUGGCACAUGGUCAAGGAGACUGUCCUUGGCGCAGAAAAACCUAAGGUGGUGGGCAUCUUUCUGGACCUGGACCAGGGGAAGCUUGCCUUCUAUUCCGUGGCUGAUCAAGAGAAGCUUCUGUGGGAGUGCCCCAUCUCUGCCCCCUUGCCCCUGCACCCUGCCUUCUGGCUCUAUGGUUUAAAUCCCGGAAACUCUCUGACUAUAAGGCCAGUAAGGGCGUAAAGGUUAAAGCGCAGCCGUUUCCCAUCCUCUCUCUCUGCCUUCAAGCAGGGUAGAAGCUUGACAGGAAUCCCAUUCUAAGGGGUGUGCAGUAAUUAACUCUGUAGGUUUGGGACGUUCAAAUUCUGCACAUUAAAGAAAGGAAGGGCCCUUGAUUGCUCCUGGGAGGAAAUCUCUAAUCCCUUGGAAUAUAUGGCCUGAUAAGAGUGUCAUUUACCUGGGCGCCCUAGGCCAGGAGGUAUCACCAGCUUGGCUUCUGGGGAGGCUGGAGGCCAAGGUCAGCCACCUGACCGGCGAGGCCUGUCUGCCCGACUGACUUCCUCCACUCAAAGCCCUGGAUGCCAAGGCUUGGGUGAGUGUCCCUGGUUGACAGUACUCCUUGCACGUUGUCACACACGGUUGCUGGGAGAGUGAAGCAUUGUUGCUGUGACUUCACUGGGAGAGGAUUUGGGUGUCUCCUGGCUCCUGCACUAGGUGCCGUUUUUUUUUCCCCCUGCUGAUUUUAAUAUGUAUCUUUUCAUUGUAACCAAGCACAUACAAACUGUAACCAAGCACAUAACGUGUUGCUGAGUUCUAGUGAAUCACGGAAACUGAGAGUGGUUUUAGGGACCCCCCGAACACAGGGGCAUGUUAUGAAUCUCUGUAAUAAUGUUUGCACAAAUAUAGUGAUUUCAAACAACAUGCAUUCAUUGU